UAACAAUAAAAAAUAAUAGUAAAUAAAAAAUAAAGCUAACUAUGAACGAAACUGAAUCUACAAUGUCGACACUUUGUCGCUGUUGCCUUUCCCAAUCAAUUUAUUUAAAUGAUUUAUUUGAACCAACUGAUGACAUCGAUAUAACAAAAGCAUUCCAAGAUAUUUGUGGAAUAAAUAUUGAUACCGAAAGUUCACUUUCUUCAAAAAUAUGCGAUGAAUGCCUGUCAAGCAUAAAAUUCUGCUACAAUUUUCGAAUAGAAACUCAACAAAGUGAUGCAACUCUUCGCAAUCUUCUCGAAGGAACUAUCGCUGUUAAAGAUUACAUCGAGAAUGAAGAGAUUAUAUCGAGCAGUCAGAGUGAUCUUGUUACAGUUAGUGAAGAAGAUUUUCAAAGUGAUGACGAACUGACGACAACUGACAUUGUUUACCAAGAAUCUGUUUCUGAUGUCGAUGUAAACUCCAUCGAGAGUAAACAAUGUCCUUACUGUAAAAAAGAAUUUGCCCAUCUUAAAAACAUGCGCACUCAUAUCCAAAGACACUUUAUAAAAGGCAAAUACAAUUGUCCACAUUGUCCAAGUCGAUAUCACACGAAAUACGAUGUGCAACGUCACAUGACAAAGGCACAUUCCGAUGGUGUCGUUUUUAAAUGUGAUAUUUGUGAUAAAGAAUUCCCUACUAAACCAGAAUGGAGUCGGCACAUAAAGAGUCAUGAUGAUUUAAAGCCUUUUUCAUGUGUUGAAUGCGGGAAACAGUUUAGAUUCAAACAUAACGCACAGCAACACAUUUUGAUUUCACACGCAAAAGAGAAAUCAUAUUUUUGUGAAAUAUGUGGGAAGGGAUUUCCGCAUGCUUGUAAGCUUAACUUACACAAAAAGAAAGAGUGUAAGCCAUCUAUUCAUAUAAGUAUACUCAAAGAAGAUUUAAUUGAAGAGGAAGAGUUGUGAAAUAUCAAGAAUUUCGAAAAUAAAUUCUAUUUCCAUUUUUUUGAAAAAUA